GGCAGCGCUUGUCGUGCCUCCAUUGGCUAUCUGGGCUGCUCAUCAGGCCCGCGGGGUAUUUAAGCGAGGCGAGGCCGGUUCCCUAUCACUGUUGUUGAAGCCGAGGACGCAGGUGAGCUGCAGUUGACUUCACUAUGGCAUCAAAGCAGAUCCCAAAAAAAGACUGGGAGGCUGAGGAACAGCAGCAAGAGAGUGCUGUCAACCGGAUAACCAACCUGCCUUUGCUUAAUUCUGCAUUCAACCUGGUCUCAUCUGCCUACAGUUCUUCUAAGGAAAUGCAUCCUUGCCUCAGUGGUGUCUGCAAUGUGGCUGAGACUGUGGCUGCAGUUGCAGUAGGCAGUGUGGUUGGUGGGGCACAGCCCAUACUGAACCAACUGGAUUCACAAAUUGCACUUGUAAAUGAAUAUGCCUGUAAAAGUCUGGAUCAACUGGAGGAGAAUUUGCCUUUUCUUCAACAGCCAGCAGAUAAGGUAUUCUCAGAAACAAAACAGCUGGUUUCCACCAAAGUGACAUCUGCUAUGGAUGCUGCCUGUGAGGCAAAAGAGGCAAUGGCUGAUAAAGUGACUGAAGCUAUAGAUCUCACUAAAAAUGCUGUUGGGGAUGGUGUUAAGCUGACCAGGUCAAUGGUCACUUCCAGUGUUAACAAUGCUGUGGAGGCUGCUCAGGGUGCAAAGGACCUUGUAACUAAUAAAGUGAGUGAAGCAGUAGACCUCACUAAGCAUAUUGUGGAUGACAGUAUUGGGAUGACCAAGUCUGCAGUUGCCAGUACUAUUGUCAAUGCUGUGGAGGCUGCUCAGGGUGCCAGGGACCUUGUCACAAACAAGGUGUCUGAAGCAGUAGACCUCGCUAAACACAUUGUGGAGGACAGCAUGGGACUGACCAAGUCUGCGGUUACUUCCACUAUUGUCAGUGCUGUGGAAGGUGCCCAGGGUGCCAAAGACCUUGUGAGUAACAAGAUGACAGAAGCUGUGGACCUCAGUAAGCAUGUUGUGGAGGACAGUGUGGAACUGACCAAGUCUGCAGUAGCAAAUACUAUUGUCAGUGCUGUGGAGGUUGCACAGGGUGCCAAGGACCUUGUGACUAACAAGGUGACGGAGGCAGUAGAUCUAACAAAAGUGGCUGUUCAGGAUGGUAUGGAGAAGACCAAAUCAGUGGUUGCAUCAACAGUCAGUACAGCUCUGGAUGCUGCGUACAGCACCAUAGCUAGCAAAAUAAAUACAGCCCUUCUGCAGAGCAGAGACGCCAUCCAAGAGGGUGUGGAGAUAACUAAUUCAGUGGUGUUCAACAGUGUGAACAAAGCCAAUGCAGUGGGACAAGCAGUGGCAGGUGGUGUUGAAUCUGUUCUGGGUAUAUCAGAAGAUCUGGUGGAUCACUACCUCCCCAUGACUGAAGAGGAACUAGGUGAACUUGCCACUGCUGUUGAGGGAUUUGGUAUGGCUUCUGUGGAGGAGCAGAAACAGCAGCAGAAUUACUUUGUUCGACUGGGUUCCCUCUCUAGCAAGGUCCGCUACCGAGCCUAUCAGCUCUCCCUGAACAAGCUGCAGCAUGUUAAACAAAGCACUCAGAACACUCUCUCACAACUACAUCUGGCAAUAAAUCUGAUUGAAUCUGUGAAAAAGGAGGUUGGCCAGAAGCUUCUGGAUGGGCAAGAGAAACUCCAUCAGCUGUGGGUGAGCUGGUGUCUGACUCAACCCAAGGGACACCAAGUUAAAACAGCUUCCCAAAUGGAGAUGGAAUCACGGACUCUAGCUAUGCUGCAUAUCAUCACUCAACAGCUACAGCCUAUUUAUGAGAAUCUGAAAGUCAGCAUCCAUGGCCUCCCCUGGAACAUCCAAGAAGCUGUGCAUCAGGCAACUCAAAAUAUCAAGAAGCUCCACACUUCUUUUGCCAGUGCUAAUUCUUUUCAGGAUCUCUCCAGCACAACUCUGACCAAGAGCCGGAACCGUGUGGCUGAAGCCCAAAGGUCUCUCGAUGUCCUGUUUGAGUAUGUAACCCAGAACAUCCCUCUAAACUGGCUUGUGGGUCCCUUCAAGGCAACAGAUAAAGUGUCACAGGAUAGCAGAAAGGUGAAAAAAGGUAAAAGUAAUAUAAAAUCAUUUGCCAUAGAAAAGGCUGCUUCAUCAAAGGUGACUAAGAGGCCUGAAGAACCAAAAGGAGCAAAGACGAAUCUGGGGGAAGCAUGUGGAAUGCUAGAGAAGCUAGAAGAGAAGAUAGGUGCAGAAGAGGUAUUAGCUGCAAAGGAAAUAAUAACUAAUGCGCUGAAGGAAGAUCCCUGAGAAGCUCAGUUCAUCUGGCGUAGGCUCCUAAGAAUGUCUCUUAGUCUUUUAAUCAUAUACCCAACUGUCAGUCGUGCUGGGUGUUCCUCCUGCUCUUACUGUCCCAGGAUGAGCUUACAGGAAGAUGUAGUUUGCAAGGAGGCUUGAUGACCAAGGUGGGGUGAUUCCAGAUCUUGAUGUAUUUUUUUUCAAUAAGCAUGUUAAUCCAAAAAAGGAAGGUAGAGGGUCUGUACUUCAUCUUUUUUUAUUAAGUCAGCACAGCUGUAUGUGUGAAUGGCAGUUAUUGCUGAGACAAGCUGUGGAUGGGAGGUCUCAAGUUAUUUUUAAUGUUGAAUUAUAUUAAUAACUUCUUCCAAGCUGCAGAGAUCUUAAAGAUUAUGCGCUUGACCUUUGAUCGUGUUUUCCUCCUGAAGUUUUAAAACGAAGUGUCUGUAACACAACUUCCUUUCUGACUUCAGCUUCCUGAGAGGCUGAACUCUGCAGCAGACCAGGAGCAGCUGGGGACAAGAGGCUGCUUCUCGGAAGUAACUUCUGUUUAUCAGACAAAAACUUGCUCUUUUGUAGAGCGAUUUUCGUGUAAGCAUGUCAAUCUGCAGUGGGACUAUCUUUCCUGACUGUAAAAAGGACUUCAGGGAUUACAAUUAAUUCUACACGUGGAAUAUUCUGUGGCUUUUGCUAGGAGUUACUCUGCUGUGCUAAUAUGACUAUGCUGUAAACGAAACAGGGAGAGAGGUAGUGUUCCCAAGCAAACAAUGCUUUGUAGAAGUGAACUGUUCCUGGUGUCACUUAUUUUGUAUUGGUAUGGCACCACUGCUAGAGUUGGAGUAAUGGCAAAGACUUGAAAAUAAAACUUGUUCUUUCCUUUAGCCAGAGCAGAUUGGAAGCUUGUGUUGGACAAAUCACUUCUUGCAUAAUAAAUGCAUUCAGUGGGUAGCUGCAGCAGGAGGAACCCUCCUGGCUGCCCUUGCAGUGCUCCAGCCCCACAAUGCACACACAUCGCUCUCCCAUCGUACCUCUGGCCCCUGACGCCCGGAGGAGUGAUGCCAAAAGCCUCUCGCUAUAAGAAACUGUAAUUCUUAUAGCGGAUGUGCUUUU